AUGAAAGUUCCAGAAGUUACUGCUUGCACCACAUCGGAACUAGAGUAUAUCAAAGCUAAAUAUCGAUAUUUAAAUCACGGGGAGUGCAACGUGUCACUAAGAGCGACCCUCGAGGGCUUGGUGAAACACACCACUGACAUAUCUGUGGAGAAGUUAAAAAGAGCGGAUAAAACACUGCUGAGUGUUCAGGAAAGCAUGCGAGCAACUAAUGCCAACUUAACACUGGCACGUGCAAGAUUAAAGCAAAUACAUGCCGAAUUAGAAAAAGCUAACUGUGGAAGUGCAUUGCCUACUGUUAAAAUUAAAUAG